AUGGAAUCAAACAAAUUAAAAUAAAGUGGGCCUCUCCCCACACCCCUCAUUCUAUUGAGACAAAAGAAGGCACCCACCUUCUUCCUUCUUCAUCAUUCGACCAUAAUCUCAAGAGAGGGAGGAAAUCCCAGAAAAAUAACACCUUCCAUAGCCAAGGACAAGCAAGCUCAAGGAGGUCCAAGGGAAAGAAAAGUUUUCAGGAGGAAAAACUAGGUGGAUUAAGGAACUUGAUUUAAAGUAUUUUUGAGCUUCGCCGGAGUUUCGCCGGAGUUGGUCAAAGUUCGCCGGAAUUAGUCAAAGUUCAAUCGGGAAGCGUAGAACGCGCUUAAGCUCACUUAAGAUUGUUGACGUGUCCGGGUAGGUCCAGGGCGUGACAGGCUGAAGACGUUCCAGCGGAGGAAGCGGUGGUGGGCUUCCCGGUGCUCGGGCAAGUGCUGACUGACCGCAAGGUCAGGUUCGCGGAGCUUAAAGAAAAGAUGAUUACUCUCUGGAGGCCAGGGAAAGAAGGUUUGAUUUUGGAAAAAAGAUUUGGAUCUCAUCUUAGAGCAAGUAGCGGGGUAAAGACCAACCCUAAAGGAGGGCAAGCCGGGUUACUGGAGGGCUCAUCGAGCUCUGGCAAACUGGGAGUCGGCCCAGAGAAGGAGGCAAGGACAGAAUCUGCUCAAAGCUUCACACAAGGAGGUGAGGUGCCAAAGGAGGAGGCCUCCAAAAGUAGGAAGAUCUGGGAGGUCCAGACAGAGGAAGAACUAGAGGAGGACAACAUGGCCACUGAUGGGACAAAAAAUGGGGAGGAGGUGGGUUUGAUUCCUUAAGCCCGUCAGAUACACUGGUUGAAGGUGUAAGGCCGAAAGGUGGAAGACUGGUUCUAGUUGUCUGGCGGCAAAAAGGAUGUUAUUUAUUCUGUUUUGUUUUCUAUUUCGUUAAUUUUUGCUGUAGCUUUUGGAUUUGUUUCUGGUUUCCUGUUCUGGUUUGUAAGACAUUGGGUUUGGAUGUGGGGGAUGAGAGGAAUUUGGUAACCGAGUUAGGCUUAUUGUUUCCCGGUUAUGGAUCAGCGAAUUAUAUUGCUACGGCGAUUAAUUCCGAGUCUGGUUCGAGGGAUGAUGGUUAUCAGUUUUUUUUUGUCAGUUGACUCAUACUCUGAACUUUUAUUGGUUAUUUAUCUAAGCCGAUUUCAGUCAAAAAAACAACAAAAGCAUAUAGAAUAGUAACUUCCUACUUAUUUUAAUUAUUAUAAAAUUCAUCACAUGAAA